AGACUAUAUAAAUAACUCACCUCCACCUUGUAAUCUUACAACAACAUAUCACAAACUCGUUUCUUUUCAAACUAGGGUUUCGAGUUCUCUGAAUCAGGUUUCGAUCGUUUGACAUCUUUGGAUAAAGUGUUUUCUGGUAUUAGGAGAAUAAAAACUUCAGAUCGUGAUCAACAUUCCUAUACAUAAGAGCGUGAAUGAUAUUAUGAUGGAAUCGAAAGCUGGUAAUAACAAGUCUAAAAGUUCCUUAUUUUACGAAGCUCCCCUCGGUUACAGCAUUGAAGACGUUCGUCCCUUUGGUGGAAUCAAGAAAUUCAAAUCUUCUGUCUACUCUAACUGCGCUAAGAGGCCAUCCUAGUCAACUCGAAUAGUCCUCGUAGUUUAUUAACUUGCUUUCCGAUUUUAAUAUCUUUCAAGAAAUUGUUCUCUCACAACAACAAAGCGAGAAGACAAUGUCAGUCUCCACAAUAGGAUUCGAAGGCUACGAGAAGCGCCUUGAAGUAACCUUCUUUGAGCCAAGUAUCUUCCUCGACACGCAAGGGUUAGGGCUCCGUGCCCUAGCCAAGUCUCAGAUCGAUGAGAUCCUCCAACCAGCUGAGUGCACCAUCGUUUCAUAUCUCUCCAACGAUCAGCUCGACUCUUACGUCCUCUCCGAGUCCAGCCUCUUCAUCUUCCCUUACAAGAUCAUCAUCAAAACUUGUGGAACUACAAAGCUCCUCCUCUCUAUCGAACCACUCUUGAGGUUAGCCGGAGAGCUCUCUCUUGACGUCGACUCCAUGAGGUACACUCGUGGAAGCUUCCUUUGCCCUGGAGGGCAGCCUUUCCCUCACCGUAACUUCUCUGAAGAAGUUUCUGUCCUCGAUGGUCACUUUAGCAAGCUAGGUUUGAGCAGUGUCGCCUACUUGAUGGGAAAGGAUGAUGAAACCAAGAAAUGGCACGUGUACUCUGCUUCUUCUGGUGCCAAGAAGAACAACAAGAGCAAUGUAUACACGUUAGAGAUGUGUAUGACUGGUUUGGACAAAGACAAGGCAUCUGUGUUCUACAAGAACGAAUCAAGUUCCAUGACUGAUAACUCUGGCAUCAGAAAGAUACUUCCUCAAUCCCAAAUCUGCGACUUUGAGUUUGAGCCAUGCGGCUACUCUAUGAACAGCGUUGAAGGUGGCGCUAUCUCUACUAUCCAUGUGACACCUGAAGACGGGUUUAGCUACGCUAGCUUUGAGGCAGUGGGGUAUGAUUUCACAACCAUGGACUUGAGCCUUCUAGUCUCAAGGGUUUUAACAUGUUUUGAGCCAAAGCAAUUCUCAGUAGCGAUACACUCUAGCAUCGCACAGAAGAGUUACUACAAGGGUCUAUGUGUAGAGCUAGACGAUUAUGGAUGUAGAGAGACGACUAUGGAGUCUCUAGGUGAAGAGAGAGGUACGGUGAUGUAUCAGAGGUUUGAGAAGCUGGGAAGGUAUUGUGGUUCUCCGAGAUCUACGUUGAAGUGUGAGUGGAGCAGCAACAGUAGCUGCACUAGCGAGGACGAGAAGGAAGAGGGAGCCUAAGCUUUUUUUUUGUUUCGUUUUGUCCAAUAAAUGUCCAAUAAAUGUCUCAUAUGUGUUUGUUUAAUUUCUUCCUUAACCCAGUAAGUGUGUCUGGUCUAUGUGAAUUCGUAUGAUCAAAUAUUAUGAAAUAUCUACCAUUAUUAUGGCUAUUUUCGUGA